AUGAGAAGAGCAACAACACUCAAGAAAAAAACGGCGGGUUCUUAAAAGGUGCUGAGUGAAGAGUGUGGUGAGUGUGGUGAGUAAGUUAGUUUCCAUAAAAAAGCUGAUGCAGAGAGAGAAAUGCCAAAAAAAACUGAAAGAAAAGUUCGAACUUUUUAUGGUUAGCAUGCAGAGCAAGACAAGGGUGACACGAGUCUCUCAAACUGAGGUGGGUUCUCACUUCUCAAAAUCCAAUUGGUUUGGAGAAAGGUCCUACUUCUAAGGGGACUUAUUUCGUCGGUUGGUCUGCGAGGAGAGAAUCUAUCCAUACAUGAUGCAAGGGCAAGAUGGCACCUCCGAGGCCUUCCCGGGAACCUACUAUUUGAACUACGGAUCUAAUGGCAUUAAUCUUCAGUGGGAUCAGAACAAUGCAAUGCCGUCUGAUGGUUUAUUUCAUGAUGGCAUUCCUCUUAUAGACUGGCUGGGCCAAUCUAGUUCGAGUGCAAGCAGUCAAACUUCUGUUGGACUUCAGGACUUACUAGUUGAAAAUGAGUUGCCGUCUAGUAGGAUAUAUCAGUAUGCUUCUAGUAUGAACGCCCAAAGUCGAGUUCAAUUUCCAGAGUUAGUAGCUGAAGAUUGCUCGAUUUCUUCCUCUGUCACUAGGGCUGUAAUGGAUCAAAGCUUGGUAGAAAGGCAUUCGGACCCAAUUGUUCCUCCUUUUCAACCUAGUGCUGAUAUGAACCUGGUUAACAGCCAUCUCAUAAAUCGACCAUUUUCUUUCCAGCAUACCGGUUCUAGUGCUCUCUCUGAAAUCAUAGACUUAAAUGGAACUUGUGAGGGUCAGGGCAUUGAAGCCUAUCUGAAUACUGCAGACUGUGCCGUUGGUUCAUAUAUGACUAACGGGACAGGUUUAUGUAUGAAUCCGUUUAAACCAGGGAGAUCAGAUGGCAAUCAAAAUCCAUUUGUUGUCGAUUCUUCAAAUUCAGAUCCACUUUUUAUUUCUUCCGGAAUUGCGGGGUAUGUGGUGGAAGAAAGUGACAGCAGAGAAGGUUGCCCAUCAGAUGGUCGGCGUCUGUCCUGUAAAAGAAGAGCACCUGAAGAUGAUUGUAGAUUGCUUCCAUCGGGUGCAAGCUCUGAGUCAAGAUCCAGUAACAUGUCUGUUACUACUCAUGAAAAUGGUAGUAGAAGAUUGAAUUUGCGAGAUCCUAUCAGUAAUCGCCAAAAUGUUCAUUACCCGGAGCAACUGGCUAGUGGACUUGGGUCAGGGGAAGGUCCUGUCGUGCGCCAACCUUUAAAUGCUGCAAGAAGUGGAUUUGGACUUGGUGUAGGAGCAAAUUCUGAUGUCCAUCAAACACUAAGAGUAGUAGGAGAAGUUGAAAACUCCAAUAGAAAUAUUCGUAUGAGAAGAACUGUGAACAAUCAAGAUUUUGCUCCAGCUGAUGGGGCAGUGAGGACCAGAAGGAAUUCCUACACACAGUUACCUGGUCAACCAUCUGCUCUUUUCCCAUUUGAUUCUGUUCCAAACAGAAGCGUUGUGACAGGAAUCUCUCACUCAAAUCCUGUAUCACAAUCUGUUCACGCUUCUAACUCCUUAGAAGCUUUGCAGCCUUUCCAAUGGAAUGCAGUCACCAGGGAAAGAACCGGUCCGCUGUCUACUGCUUAUACAUCAAAUGGAGGAGAUGCUUUGCUUCUAGAAGAAAAUUCAAUGCACGGCGCAUAUAGUGGCACCCUUCCUUCUGGAAUUCCAAGGAGAAACUUGGAACACAUGAACCUAAACUUUGUCCCUGGAACAAACUCUUCCGUAAAUGCUGCUUCAGGUUCAAGAAAUACGUGUACUCAUCCAUUCUUAGCUCCCAUUGUGUUUCGCCAGGGAAACACGGCUCGGAAUUAUGCGCAGAGAUUAUCAGACAGUGUCAAUCGCAUGGAACUUCAAGGACAACGAAACUUGGGUGCCUCUCUUGCUGCAAGGGAAAGGGAAUUAUCGGCAAGACAUGGUAGUGCUAGGCCUUCUCAGAAUCCUCUUAGGUCAGGAUUGCUAGCACGGGGUGAGAGACAAUUUGGCGUUCAUCCCAUAGUGGCAUUCAACUCUUUGACUAUUGCUCAGAGAAGAAGCAGACUGAUAUCUGAGGUUCGCAAUGCUUUGGCACUUGUUCGCAGGGGAGGCUCCUUACACUUUGAGGAUGUGAUGGUAAUUGACCGCUCAGUGUUGUAUGGUGUGCCUGAAGAGCCUGAUGUACUUGAAGAUAUGCGCCUUGAUGUUGAUAACAUGACCUAUGAGGAACUGCUGGCUCUGGAGGAGCAUAUCGGAAAUGUUUCCACUGGAUUAAGCGAGGAUGUCAUUCAGUUACAUAUGAAGCGGAAGAAAUAUCAAGUAAAUGAAGUUAAGUCUCCCCGAGCAGAUGAACCAUGCAGCAUCUGUCAGGAACAAUAUGUCGAUGGCCAAGAUCUCGGGAAGCUGGACUGCGGACAUGACUUCCAUUUUAACUGCAUUAAGCAGUGGCUUAUCCAGAAAAAUAGUUGCCCCAUCUGCAAAACGACAGCCUUGGAAGUUGAAGAUUCCGAAAACUAGAGAUGAUUAUGGCAAGCUAUGAAAUUUCUCUUCUGGCCAUGUAUAAUUGAUAUUGUCAUGUAUUUCAUUAUGUUGUUCAUCUUGUUGUAAGAGAUCAUAAAUUAGUCUAAGAUUAGGCAAAAAACCAUGAACUCUCAUGCAUUUGAGUUUCUUCUGUUUCGUAGACUGCCAUUAAUACAGUUUUAAAGAAGCUGCUGCUAUGUUGAAAGAUUUUGCUAAUUCAUUUAUGUUUUUGGAAAUGAAUAAGGGUGCUUUGGUAAUCGGAAAA